AUGGCCGGGAGUAGCACCGCUACCUUCUGGCAGUGGGUUGAAGCGCUGAAUGGCGGGAUCAAAGAUAUCCGAGUCGGAGGGAAUGCGGAGACCACUUACAGGGACAUUGUCCGUCAUCUCUACCCAGCUGCUUCCCACACUACCGAAAUCGGUGCGGUGUCCUACCUCAUUUUCGCGACAAUAUGUUGCGUCACGGCCGUGGGCAGGCCCACGAUAAAUCCUCCUCCGAGCAACAACAGGGCCACAGCUCUGGGGAUGCAAAUCCAUGGAGCGCAAUUCCGGGUUCCUGUGGAGACAUCUAUUGACUCUCUCGUCAGCAAUUCCUUCGUCGACUCGCAGAGGCUUACUCAGGCCGACCCCUGUCGAACGCCUGGCAACAACGCAGUCCACCCCGACAACUUGGAUUUGAGUGUGGUAGAUUUGUGCAAAACAUGGUCGAUUUAUUUACGCUUCGACCCCACAGCUGGAGAACUUUCUAUUUUCGCCUGGCCGUCUAUCUGUCUGGCCACUCUGGCUGGCCGGGCUGAGAACGGGACCGGGGUGGCACUCGCCAGUCUGCUAGCUGAAAGGCUUCGAGGGUCGGCCUCCGACCCAACUAUCUUCGAAGAAGUACUCUUGUCGAUGCGGCUACUCUUUGCCAGAUCGAAGAAGUCUCGAGACAUGUUUUUGAAACGAGUAGGCCAGGAGGAGCAGCCUGUUGACCCCUUUUGGGGUGAAUGCGUAUCACCGAUAAACGCAGGUAAUGCUCAGACGUCUUCUCGCUCUCGUUUUCCACCCGUCUUUAUUCGCUGCUCGGAGUCUAUGAGGUACUUCAAUAACGCCUAUUUCGCAGACUAUGCGCUGGACCCGGAGCUGUGGAAUCGCCUACAAGACAGCAGAGCCUGCAGCGCAGCAGCAGUGUUCCCCGUAUUCGCGGACCGCCUGACAACCCUGCAGGUCUUUAUAAACCCGCAAUCAGUUGACGGCUUCUGGGAACUCGUGAGGGGCCGUCGAAACUGGGCAGAAACCGUUAAGUUUCGAGUUUCUCUGGCUGCCAUUGCUUUAACCGUGAUUGAGAUAGUGAUACCGCUCGUUGUUACGAAGGCUACCAAGUGA